AAUAUUUGCAAAGCAGUCAAGCUCUUGUAACGAACAAAGAAUGAAAAGUUUUAUAAUCUUGGCGGUUCUUUUUAUUGGUGCUGCGCUGGGAGCGCCAGCUGAAAAUAUUUCUUCUUUUAUCAUGGGUGGAGUUAAUGCAUUCCCUGGUGAAUUUCCUUUCAUGGUCAGUAUUCAACAUUUCUUUCUGGGAGGUUCACAUAUCUGUGGUGGAGCGAUUUUAAGCCAAAUUUGGGUUCUCACAGCUGCGCAUUGUUUGACAGAAACUUCAACUCGAGGUUCAAUUGACAUUCUUGCAGGAAAGCACAAUCUCAAUUUGGACGAAGAAGGUCAACAGCGAAUUGAAAUUGAACGUAAUCGGUGGUUAGUUCAUCCGGGUUGGCAGGCAGGAAGAGAAUAUGGACCGUUUGACAUUGCAUUGGGUCGUUUAGCAUCACCUUUAACAUUUACAGCUAGAAUCCGACCUAUUCGGCUUCCAGCACCAGGAUCAGCUGCAUUUGGUCCGAUAACUUUUGCAGGUUGGGGUGCUGACUCAAAUGGAAUUGGAAGUGGACCAGUCAACAUUCUUCAAAAAGUUAUGUUCUCAACAAUCACUAACGAAGUGUGUCGUGAUGCAAUUAACGACAUGAAUGGACCUGGAGACAUUUUGGAUAGCACAAAAUUCUGUACCGGACCGUUAACUGGAGGGUUUUCAACAUGCGAAGGCGAUUUCGGUGGACCAGCCUUUCAAGGCUCUCCAGGGAAUGAAAUAAUUGUUGGCAUUGCUUCAUGGGGUAUCACACCCUGCGGAAUUCGUGGAGCUCCAACUGGAAUCUACACAAAAGUCAGUGACUUUACGACUUGGAUCACUGCCAACACUGGAAUUUCGCAUUGAAACAACUUCAUCUUUCAUUUCAAAGAUAAAGAAGAUAUUAUGAAAGCGACAACUUAAUUGCAGUAAUAAAUGUUUUAUUUUGACUCAAAACUCUUUCAAUCUCUUUAUCGUGCAUUUAUUAAAAACAAAAUCAACAAAAACUCCCCGAAAGUUUAUUAAAAAAAAAAGUGGAAUGAAGCCCACAGAAGC